UUAGCUUUAUGAAGAACCCUUUGUAACCUUCUAUGUCCAAGUCUGGCCAAGAGAGCGGAGCUGCGGAUCCAAACCCUAGUUCUCAGAUCUCGAUGCCCAAUCUCUCUCGAGGCCCGCAUUUUCCACUAUUCGAAGGAUUUGCCCACCUAUUAGUCGAUUCUGUGGGAAACUUUCGCAGCGAAGGUUCUUUGCGUUGCGGGAUUCUCUGAGGAGGAAGAUCAGGAAUAGGAAAAGCAAAGCUCUAACGAGUUGACGAUGGGGAGAGUGGACGGCGUGCUUCUGCUUAUCCUGCUUGGAGCUUGUGCUUUGAGAGCCGGAGCUGAUGGAUCGGAUCACAGAUAUAAGGAAGGGGAUCACGUUCCAUUAUAUGCGAACAAAGUCGGCCCUCUUCACAAUCCAAGUGAGACCUACCGGUACUACGAUCUACCAUUCUGUUCACCAGAUCACAUUACUGAGAAAAAGGAAGCCCUCGGUGAAGUCCUGAAUGGCGAUCGAUUGGUUAAUUCACCAUAUGAGUUAAACUUUCACGAGGACAAACAAUCUAAGAGUCUUUGUAAGAAAACAUUGUUGAAGGAAGAUGUAGCCAAGAUCAGAGAUGCCGUCUCAAAAGAUUACUAUUUUCAGAUGUUUUAUGAUGACUUGCCUUUCUGGGGAUUUAUUGGAAGAAUUGAGAAGGAAAAGUUUGAUCUGAGUGAGAACGAGAAGUACUUGCUAUUCAAGCACAUUCAUUUUGACAUUCUCUACAAUGAUGACCGUGUGAUUGAGAUAAAUGUGCUAUCUGACCCUAACAUGUCAAUAGAUAUCACAGAUGAUAAGGAAGUUGAUGUGGAUUUCUCGUAUUCGGUGUCAUGGAAGAAAACCGAUAUCGCUUUCGAGAGGAGAAUGGAUAAGUACUCGAGGAUUUCGUCCAUGCCGAAACAUUUAGAGGUCCACUGGUUCUCAAUAAAUAAUUCAUGUGUCACUGUGCUUCUUCUUACUGGGUUCCUUGCUACUAUUCUCAUGCGAGUGCUGAAAAAUGACUUCAUAAGAUACUCUCGUAAUGAGGAGUCUUCUGAGGACCAAGAGGAGACAGGAUGGAAGUACAUUCAUGGAGAUGUCUUCAGAUUUCCCAAGCACAAGUCAUUGUUCUCAGCUGUAAUUGGAUCAGGGACACAACUCCUAGCUCUUGCUGUGUUCAUCUUCCUCCUUGCACUUGUUGGUGUGUUCUACCCAUACAACAGAGGAGUUUUUUUCACAGCUCUUGUUGUUAUAUAUGCUCUCACCUCUGGUAUUGCUGGUUACACUGCUUCCAACUUGUAUUUGCAGCUAGAAGGAACGAACUGGGUGAGAAAUCUUUUAUUGACAGGUUGCUUGUUCUGUGGACCACUGUUCUUGACAUUCUGUUUUCUUAACACUGUAGCAAUAGCAUACAAUGCGACCGCAGCCUUACCUAUUGGUACUAUAGGUGUCAUUCUUCUUAUAUGGAUGCUUGUGGCAUCACCAUUGCUAGUAUUAGGUGGUGUUGCUGGAAAGAACAACAAAGUAGAAUUCCAUGCUCCUUGCCGCACAACGAAAUACCCAAGAGAGAUCCCUCAGUUGCCUUGGUAUAGAGGCACUAUACCUCAGAUGGCUAUGGCUGGAUUCCUUCCCUUCAGUGCUAUCUACCUUGAGCUGUACUAUAUAUUUGCCAGUGUAUGGGGUCACAAGAUAUAUACCAUAUACGGCAUUCUCUUCAUUGUCUUCAUAAUCCUCAUCAUUGUCACGGCAUUCAUUACUGUUGCAUUGACAUAUUUCCAGCUAGCUGCUGAAGAUCAUGAAUGGUGGUGGAGGUCUAUUCUCUGCGGUGGCUCCACUGGUUUUUUCAUUCUCUUCUACUGCCUUUACUACUACCAUGCUAGAUCAGAUAUGUCUGGCUUCAUGCAAACAUCAUUCUUCUUUGGCUACAUGGCCUGCAUAUGCUAUGGUUUCUUCCUCAUGCUAGGUACUGUCGGAUUCCGGGCCUCGCUGAUUUUUGUACGUCAUAUAUACCACUCAAUCAAAUGUGAGUAAGACUUGUUAUAGUAUAAAUAACAGUAGAUUCAUAUUCCAUGUUUUUCCAAUCUAAUUACUAUAGCUGGAACUACAGUGAAUCAAUUUCCUGUAGAUCUUCCACAACCAACACUAAUAGCUGGGAGUACUUUAUGUUUUUUUUUAAUCAACUUGAUUUUUAUUUGUACUAUUUAUCUAACUUAUUUGGAUCAACUUCAUAUUUUAAGAUGAUGAUUUCUUCUUUGCAUGUGCA